AUGUUUUCUGCCAGUUCUUACGAUGAUCUGUGUAAAGAAGUGCUGAAUCAUGCAAAAUCUUUUGAGAAGUCAACUUCCAGGACGUUCGACUGUGCCGACCAAUCAUUCAGUGUGAAAGUGCGACCGAUCGGACGAAAGAAAGGUGUUAACUGUUUGGGAAUAGCUGAGAAAUUCGCUUCAAUUCUUCCACUUAACGACGCUCCUGUUGACUUGAACGCACCUCGUAAUGCUUUUUAUAUACUGGAAGAAUUUUCGGAUCCCUGUGCAUUAGAGCCUCAACGACUUUUCUUCUGCAGAUUGAUAGGUGAUGGCCAGUCCAAGUUGAAAUCCCUCUAUGAUAUCAAAACGAGACAGUACAUUGGAAAUACAACGAUGGAUCCAGAGCUAGCAUUCAUCCAGGGCAAUAUCACUUCGAUUAGGCCGAACGACCUAGUAUUGGAUCCAUUCAUGGGCACAGGUGGAUUGUUGCUUCCGGCUGCUGAGUUUGGUGCUUAUACCAUUGGCACGGAAAUUAACUACCAAAUAGCUAAGGCAAUCGGAAAAUCCUCUCGUCAUGAUAUGUUGAUGCGAUCGAAAGAAGAAAGUGUUAAGGCCAACUUCGAACAGUAUGGCACGGACCGAUAUUAUUUAAGCGGUAUCCUGGCCGAUGCUUGCUGGCAUGAUUUGUGGGCAAGGCCUGUCUUCAACGCUAUUGUUACAGAUCGUACGUUUCUAACUUGA